GGCAGGAUAAAGGCCCAGGGGCCGUGGCUCACCUACCCUGCUUUCUGCAUUCUCUCCACAUCCCUCUCUGUGCUUACAACCCCCAUGGCCCCCAAAAAGCCAGAGCCCAAGAAGGAUGAUGCCAAGGCGGCCCCCAAGGCAGCUCCAGCUCCAGCUCCCGCACCUCCCCCUGAGCCUGAGCGCCCCAAGGAGGUGGAAUUUGAUGCUUCCAAGAUCAAGAUCGAGUUCACACCUCAGCAGAUUGAAGAGUUCAAGGAAGCCUUCAUGCUGUUUGACCGCACACCCAAGUGUGAGAUGAAGAUCACCUACGGGCAGUGUGGGGAUGUCCUGCGGGCGCUGGGCCAGAACCCCACACAGGCAGAGGUGCUCCGUGUCCUGGGGAAGCCAAGGCAGGAAGAGCUCAAUACCAAGAUGAUGGACUUUGAAACUUUCCUGCCCAUGCUCCAGCACAUUUCCAAGAACAAGGACACCGGCACCUAUGAGGACUUCGUGGAGGGGCUGCGGGUCUUCGACAAGGAGGGCAAUGGCACUGUCAUGGGCGCCGAGCUUCGUCACGUGCUGGCCACACUGGGUGAGAGACUGACGGAAGAUGAAGUGGAGAAGUUGAUGGCUGGGCAAGAGGACUCCAACGGCUGCAUCAACUACGAAGCAUUUGUGAAGCACAUCAUGGCCAGCUAAGCCUCCUGCCCAGGUAGGCGCCCACUCCCGCCAACCUGCUGCUGCCUCUCCCCACACUCCACCAGCUGCAGUGCUCAGCUGACAUCCUGCUGCCUCCAUAUACCUCCUCCUCUGUCACCUGCACUGCCUUUGCUCUCAGGGAGCCCAGGGAAGGCUGUGCUGGGGACAUCUCAUCUCCCAUGUGUAAUGCUGACACCAGCGGCCUGGAGUCAUAGGAAGGAGGGGAGCGUAUCGAGACUCCUGGACAAGCCCUCAGACCUCUCCGCGUGGCUGCCAUCUCUGGUCCUCUCAGACUGUGCUUACCUGUGACUGCAACCCCAUCCCCACCCCAUGCGCCUCAUGAAUAAAUGGCUUCUUGCUGGC